UCUCCUCCUCCCUUCGGCCUCACCUCAAACCCCAACAAAAUGGCCCGAAAAUUAGCAACCAUCUUCGUCGCUCUCCUCCCCAUCCUCCUCGCCGUCGCGUCCGCCGACUCCGAUCCGCUCCUCGACUUCUGCGUCCCCGACCCCGGCACGAACCCGAUCGACCUGAACCGGCUCGCCUCCUACCCUUGCAAGAACCCGGCCAACCUCACCGCCAGCGACUUCGUCUUCUCCGGCAUCAAAUCCCCGGCCCAGAUUCCCGCCUCGACCGAGUUCGUUGGCGUGGCCGUGAACCCGGUCCAGUUCCCUGGCCUCCACACUCUGGGGAUGUCCUUCGUCCGAGCCGACUUCGGACCGGGCGGAGUGAACCCGCCCCACUACCACCCGCGGGCUACCGAGACGGCGCUGGUGGUAGCGGGUCGGAUCUACUCGGGCUUCGUGGAUUCAAGCGGACGGGUGUUCGCUAAGGUGCUGGAGGAAGGGGAAGUGAUGGUGUUCCCCAGGGGGAUGGUCCAUUUCCAGAUGAACGUCGGGGAUUCGCUGGCAACCAUCUUUGGGAGCUUUAAUAGCGAGAAUCCUGGGGCAGUCAGGAUUCCGGCUACGGUGUUUGGAUCCGAUAUCAAGGUGGGGCUGUUGGAGAAGGCGUUUGGGUUGAGUGCCAAAGAGCUUGAGAGGCUAAAGAAGAAAUUGGGGCCCAAAUGAUGGAUGGAGAUAAUGGGGUAGAAGGUAUUUUGGAAUUGGAACAUUUAAUGCUCAACAUUUUACGUAUAAUUUCUUUUCGAUUUGUUUAAAUUUGAUAGAAUGACAAUAAGCUAAAAAUUUGAGAAAUAUGUGAGAUGGGCUUUUAAGACCACAAUGUUUAUUAUUAAUAUUAAUAUUAUUAUUUUAAGUGGCAGAAUUUUAAGUA